CUCACUUCUGAAAUAUCACUCCGAAGGACUUUCUUUUUGGAUUGGCUUCCUUCUAAUAAGGUUUCCUUCUCUGGUCUUUCUUUUCCAGGCAACAUGGAUAGCCUCAACUCUUACUAUCAAGGAUGAUACUUUUAUAUGGAGGUCAACUCCAACUUAGAGAUGGGUGAAAUUUCUUCAACAUUCUAUAGGAGAUUUAAGGAUGCACUACCAAACUUGAUGACAUUUUAUGAUUCAGUUGGCAAUGAAGUUGAUGUGGUCAUUGAGAAGUGUCAUCGAACUGCUAAAAUUGUUACCAGCUACAAUAACCUUGCCGUGAUUUAUGGCCUCAAAGAUGGAGGUUGGUUAAGUGUCUGUUACGUUGGCCGAGAUAGAUUCCUCAUUUUUGAAGUGAAGGACCACAACAUGAGAACCAAAGAGCUAUGCUACCCACCAUUGAAGCUGAGUAUGGACAUCAAACCAUCAAUUCCUGUUUUGGGAAUCAUAGAACUAUCUGACAAUGAUACUAAUGCAAGUCUGCCGAUUGAAACUUCUGAAUCUGUCCAAGUUUCACAUAUAGUAUACUAACAACCUGAUGCAGCUAUGGAUAAUUCCAAGUGGGAUGAUGCCACUGACCAACUCCAGCAUCUUCCAGAAUCUGUGUUGAAUCUGUUAACCUGCAUUGACCCUUCCACAUAUUAUGGUCUUGAACCUUACUUUAAUAAGCUGGAAUCCAGUGUCAACAACGAGGAUCAACAUGACCAAUUGGAUCCAACAAGACCAUUAAUUUCACUUCCUACAUUUCCGGCAUCUCCAUUUUUAGAUGUCCUACAGACGAAAAAUAUAUCCUCUGCAGUGGCCAAGAAAACAGGUGAUAAUUGUAACAUUAGUACUGAGUUUGUUUCAACUGAGAAUGCAGGAUUUUCAAAUGGUCAGAGCCCUCCACCACCGAAUCCUAACAAUGGCCUUUCACCACCGCGUUCCCCCAUCAUGCAAGGCUUUUAUUCGAUUGUCAGGGUGAUAUUUGAGUACCAGUCAAAAUACUAUUCUAUGCUACUUCCAUCUGCUUUCUCUUUGCUUGCGUUUCUUUCGAGGCCUGAUUUCAUUCGCGUUAGAGAGUUACACAAGCCACCAAUCAUCGUGAAGCUUCGAUGGAGGAGCCUCAUGUCAUCAGAAGCCUUUCUUACCAGGGGUAGGAGAAAAUUUUCAGUCGACCAUGGCCUAAAGUGUGGAAGUGUAGUUUGUUUCUGCAUCCCCAUUAAUGAUGAAACUACUAUAUUUGUUUCUAUAUUACAUAUCUAAGAUGUUUAAUUGGUAAUGUUUUUUAUUUUAGCAAUGCCUCUGCAGGGGCAUGCAGUAUUGCAGUGUCUCAACCAUGUGUAAUGUGGUAUUAAUAUCAUUAGUUGUACCAAGUUCCAUCUAUCUAUAACUUAAAUGAAUUAGAAUUUUUUUGGCUCGACUUAUGAUUA